UUACAAAACGCCUAAUUCCAAACUUUGGUUCAUGCUUUUAACGAUUCCUUUUGGGGGAAUUUGUUGUUGUGAUUGGAGAAAGGAUGACAUCCAGCCCCAGGCGUCCCAUCAUGAAUGAGGGUUUGAAUCAUCAUUCCAAUGGCAACAACAGUAAGGAGCAGAUCGAGGUUGGUCAUCGAUUCACAGAUGAACCUCGGAAGGGAAACGUCGAUCGAGGACGACUUCUAAAUGGAAGUCGUCAAACAACUGUUGUUCAGUAUGCGGUUCGCCCAUGCACUCCAUCUCAUAACACAAUCAAAGAGUCUCCUCUCAGCUCUGACGCCAUUUUCAGACAGAGUCAUGCUGGCCUUUUUAACCUCUGCAUAGUGGUCCUUGUUGCUGUUAACAGCAGGCUCAUCAUUGAGAAUCUUAUGAAGUAUGGCUUAUUGAUCAAUACCAAUUUUUGGUUUAGUUCAAGAUCAUUGAGAGAUUGGCCACUUCUUAUGUGCUGCCUGUCACUUCCGAUCUUCUCACUUGCAGCGUUCAUUGUUGAGAAAUUUGCAUGGAGAAAACGUAUAUCCGAAUCUGCUGUUCUUACUCUUCAUCUUAUAAUAACUACAAGUACCAUUCUGUAUCCAGUUUUCAUGAUUCUAAGGUUUGAUUCGGCUGUUUUAUCAGGUGUUACAUUGAUGUUGUUUGCUUGCGUGAAUUGGUUAAAAUUGGUAUCUUUUGUUCAUACAAAUUACGACAUGCGCUUGAUUGUGAACUCAAUUGGUAAGGAGGAAAAGAAGUCUUGUUUUUCGAGUACGGAGUAUUUUUAUGAUGUCAACUUCAAUAGCUUGGCUUACUUCAUGGUUGCUCCCACAUUAUGUUACCAGAUAAGCUAUCCACGCACCACAUGUAUUAGGAAGGGGUGGGUAUUACGGCAGACGAUCAAGUUCUCAAUAUAUACAGGGGUGAUGGGAUUUAUCAUUGAACAAUAUAUCAACCCCAUCGUUAGAAACUCUCAGCAUCCACUGAAAGGAGACUUUUUAUAUGCAAUAGAACGCGUUUUGAAGCUUUCAGUUCCAAAUUUAUACGUUUGGCUCUGUAUGUUUUACUGCUUUUUUCACCUCUGGUUAAACAUACUUGCUGAGGUUCUUCGUUUUGGUGAUCGUGAGUUUUACAAAGAUUGGUGGAAUGCCAAAACCGUUGACGAGUACUGGAGAUUGUGGAAUAUGCCGGUUCAUAGAUGGGUCGUGCGGCAUAUCUAUUUUCCGUGCAUACGUAGUGGAAUACCUAAGGGAGGUGCCCAUUUUAUUUCGUUCUUUAUGUCUGCAGUGUUCCAUGAGCUUUGUAUUGCUGUUCCAUGCCACAUUUUUAAGUUUUGGGCCUUCCUUGGGAUCAUGCUUCAGGUCCCAUUGGUGAUGGUGACAGAUUUCCUUCAUCACAAGUUUCAAAAUUCAAUGGUGGGAAACAUGAUGUUUUGGUGCUUUUUUAGCAUUCUUGGUCAACCCAUGUCUGUGUUACUCUACUACCAUGACUUGAUGAAUAGAAAAGUGAAUACCACCAACCAAGACCCUCACCAAUAACAAACAUUCAUCUGAUAUCAAAUACCUAAUUCACCAUAUUUCAUAGAUUCCCUUUUGGGCAUCUCAUACUUUCCUUUCCUAUAUAAAUGUUGGAAGAGGAUUUUGUCAUUAGGUAAAUAAAUGUAUGUAUGCAUGCAUGCUUUUAGCUAGAUACAAUAAGGUUUGCUUACAUCUUAUUAUACCAAGGUAAGAGUCUCUUUGUUAGCGGUUUAAUGAGAUUCACAAUUUAUUCAGUAUUGCUAUAAAA